CAGCGGCGUGCCAGCAGCGGGCGGCGGGGAAGGCGGAUGGCGUGAGGGACAGCGGGCAGCGGCUGUCAGCGCGGCCUCAGCCGAGCCGCCGGGCGAGCCCCUCCUCCCCGCGGCGGUGCUACACUCGCUGCCUGGCCGGGGGAGCCAUGGCGUCCAGCGAGGAGGACGGAGGCGGUAACGGCACGGUGGAGGAGAAGGAGAAUGGCAAGAAGAGGAGGCUGGGCGCCUUGGCUACGGCCUGGCUCAUCUUUUACAACGUCGCCAUGACCGCGGGGUGGCUGGUGUUAGGUAUUGCCAUGGUGCGGUUUUAUGUACAGAAAGGAACACAUAGAGGCUUAUUCAGAAACGUUCAGAGGACGCUUAAAUUUUUCCAGACAUUUGCUUUGCUUGAGGUAGUCCACUGUGCAGUUGGAAUAGUUCGCACAUCUGUGCUUGUGACUGGGGUCCAAGUGAGUUCAAGAAUCUUCAUGGUGUGGUUCAUUGCACACAGCAUUAAACAGAUCCAGAAUGAGGAGAGUGUUGUUCUUUUUCUGGUUGUAUGGACUGUGACAGAGAUCACUCGAUAUUCCUUCUACACAUUCAACCUGCUCAACCAUUUGCCAUACUUCAUUAAAUGGGCCAGGUACAACUUUUUUAUCAUUCUCUAUCCUGCUGGAGUCGCAGGUGAACUGCUAACCAUAUAUGCUGCUUUACCCUAUGUGAAGAAAACAGGAAUGUUUUCACUGAGACUUCCCAACAAAUACAACGUCUCCUUUGACUACUAUUAUUUUCUCAUUAUUGUCAUGUUCUCCUACGUGCCAUUAUUUCCACAACUCUACUUCCACAUGCUGCGGCAGAGAAGAAGGGUGCUUCAUGGAGAGGUGGUUGUGGAAAAGGACGACUGAGUCAAGCUGUGUAACUAUGGUGCUUCUAAUGGAAAGGAAAGAGGGUAAAAACCCAAACCUUACUGUGAUUUAUCUGAGUCCAAGCUUUAAAACAUGGAACAAGAAUAAACAACUGUGCAUAAAAUAGCAUGGACUGUAAUAUUUUUACCAUGAAUAUAUCUUCAGACUUAGCUCUUCAUCUUUUGUUUCUCUCUGGUUUUGAACUGUUGAUUUCUUCAAACAAAUUGUUUUCUUAUUUUCAUUAGGUUGAGAAAUAGCCUUAGGAAUUGAAAUAGUUGGCUGCUGUGCUUUCUGUUCUGAAAGUACUGUUCUGACCUGUAGUCGUCAGCAAGAAGAGAAGUAGAGCUGCUAAGUUGUACUGAAAGUGAGUCUUCUGGAAAGCAGAGCAUAAAGGAGCUAAUGGUGGUCUUUUAUAGGCUAGGUGGCUCAAAUGUUAUCAAAGCUUUAUAUGAUUGACUUUCCAGUUCUGAGUUAGCACCUUGUUCAUGAUUCUUUACAUUACAGGAUCACACCACAGAAUUCCAGAAGGACUUUUGAAAGAAUCUGAAUGCUUGUCAGUGCAAGUUUAGAUUGUCUCUGUAUUUUCAUUUGUAAAUUUAAAGCUGUGUAGAGUAACAGAUACAACAUUAAAUGGUUGAAAGUUUGUUCUGAGGAGUGGGCUUGAUGUGCCUACCUUUCUCUGAUCAGUGGCUGGAGUGGAAGGAGAUUGGUUGUCAUUCUCUCCUG